ACACCAGUGAAUGGGGCACUCGCGGCCCCUGGCCUGGAAAGGCGACUUGCUACAAGGCUGUGCCAAACACCAUGGAGAAGUCAAACCAGUGCCGAGAUGCAGGGAGACCCAGGAAUGGGGCUGCCUUCCCGAGAAGGAGCCCCCAGGACGUGUGCGGGCAGAGGCACUGACAAGUGCAAAGGCCCUGGGCCACCGCAUGUCGGAGGCCGAGGACCAGCCAGAAAGGGGGCAGGAUGACGGCACCCUGGGCCUCCAGGGCCCCAAGUAUGAGAAACGAGGGUCCAGGAACCCCAAAUACCAGGGUCUGGACGAUGGGGACCUGGGAUUGGAAGACCAAGAGGAGGAAGCUUCCUCUGAGGAGGUGACUGGGGAAGAAUUCGUGGACGCCCAGAACCCGGAGGAGGCCCUCGUGGGGCUGGAGAGGGUUAUGGAGAAAGACGCGGAGGAGGGCGUGCCUGAGAUGAGCCGGCUGUCCAUCUCCCAGAGGACCCCCGGCACCUCCGUGGGCUGGGAGAGGAGGAGGAAGAGGCGGCUGUUUGAGUUGGCGAAACCCAAGACCAACUGGCAAGUCUUGAAAGACAGGAUGGGGUGUUGCUGCAGGGGUUACGCCUGGAUCUCCCCCCGCAUGAGGAACCUGCAGUUCUGUGUCUACUGGCCAUCUGUGUACUGGACAGAGAGGUUUCUUGAGGAUACCACCCUCACCAUCACGGUGCCCGAGGUGUCCCGCCGGUUGGAGGAGCUGGCCCGACCUAAGAGGUUCUACUUGGAGUAUUACAACAACAACAGGACCACCCCCAUCUGGCCCAUUCCCCGGUCCACCUUGGAGUACCGAGCGUCCAGCCGCCUGCGGGAACUGGCCACCCCGAAGGUCCGGAAUAACAUCUGGAGCAUACACAUGUCUGAGGUGUCCCAAGUGUCCAGGGCAGCCCAGAUGGCCACCCCCAGUCCGAGGAUCAUCCAGCUGGCAAAGCCCAGGGCUCCAGCCACCCUGCUGGAAGAGUGGGACCCCAUGCCAAAACCUAAGCCACACGUGUCAGACUAUAACCGCCUCCUUCACCUGGCCAUGCCCAAGGCCCAGUCGGACAAGUGUGUUCCUGACCGAGACCCGCGCUGGGAGGUGCUGGAGGUCACCAGGAAGGCGGUGGCCAGUCCGCGCAUCGUCUCCCUGGCCAAACCCAAAGUGCGGAGGGACCUGAGCGAGGGCUACAACCCCUACCGCGUCUCUCCAGCCUCCCUGGUGGCUCGUGCGUCCCCUCGCCUGUACGAGCUUGCCACCCCCAAGAGCGUCACCAAAAAACCCUUUUUCUCCAAUUACGUUCCCCUGCCGUCGCCAGCCCCUCGGAUGGCAGACUCCACGCUCUCCCACAUCAGACCUUUCCCUCUCAACCUCUUCUGUCCCAACUUGCUUAUCCAGCCGCAUCCUGGGCGUCCACAGCACCUCAAACUCAGUGACCUCCAUAAUAAACCAGCCAAUGCCUGUUGCGCUGGAGUUUCUAGGGCGCAGGUGCUGGGCCGGGACGCGGCAGCCUCCGCGACGGAUAGGUGA